AUGGGUAGGAGAAUUGAGAUAAAGAAAAUACUAGAGACAACGAGACGUCAAGUCGCAUUUUCUAAGCGGCAUACUUGUUUACUAAAGAAGGUGAAAGAGAUUGCAAUUUGUUGUGAUGUGGACCUGUUGUUUUUCGCGUUCUCGUCUAAUGAUCGGCUCAGUAAAUUCUGUAGCCAAAAGAGAAUUAAAGACAUGCUUCAGCGCUAUAUUGAGCUUCCGGUUGAUAGGAGAUUGGCUCACAUGGCUGAUGUUCAGAUGGAAUUGGAGAAACAAGAAAAGAUGGAGGGUCACUUUGUUGCACAGCAAACAGCUCCUCACCAGUUUGAUACUAAUAAUUGGAUUAAUCCAUACAGUUCAGAUAUCCAGGAGAGCAUAUAUCAUGAUUGGAUGAAUGAGGGGAAAGGAAUAGCAAAUAGUUCUGGCAAUUACACAUAUACCCCUUCCUUUGCAAGUUCUUCACGAAAUUGA